AUGUCGAACCAUGAAGUUAUAGAAGAAUAUUCCAAUUCAAUAAAAAAUCUUAAAAAACAAUGUAUUGACGCCGGCAUGACUGAAGAUGAAUUUAGACAAAUGUAUUUAAGUUCCCUUGAAACGUUAGAUGAUGAACGCCCUGCUAAUAUUCCGCCCAGAAAUAUUACCAAAUAUAGAGUUCUACUUGUCGGACUCCUUGUUACUCUUUACAUACUUUACGAUUAUAAAAAUAUUUAUAGCAGUGUCGUAUGUAAUUUACAAGAGUAUAUUUAUCCUGGUUUAAAACUAUUAAGAAAAAUCUCAAUUCCGCUAAUAUCACUGUUCCCUUCCCUGACAGAAUACUAUCAUGAAACAUGUUUAAUACAAAAUCCUUACUUUGCUGUGGUUGACAUGGACUGCUGGCCAUGUAGUACAGUGCUUAACAUCAGAGAAGUUUAUGAUCCAAAACCUGUCAGUCAACAACAAACUGCACCAUUUAUUUAUGAGACUGAACAACAGGUAAUAACUAUGGAAGCUUUAAAGCAAAUGUAUUUAUUAAACAAAGAGACAUUUGAUAAAGAAUCUCCGAAGAUUUUAACAAAUAAUAAGUAUUAUUCAAGUCCCAGUUAUUUAUUUAUUGACAGACCAAUAGAAGACGAGAGUUUCUAUAUCUGGAAAUUCAAUAACAUGAAUGUAGCAAAAGUGUUACGGCAAGUUAUACCAAGACCAAAAGUAGUUCCAAAGUUUGGACAAAGUACUGAAAGAUUUAUAAUAGUAGAUACAAGUCAGAGAUCUUUCAAUAUUCCUGAUACAGAAUGCAGUUUCUCAUUUCUAUUGGCUUUAAGUGGAUCUAGAGAAAUACAUUUACUACCAGCUGAAGAAUGUAAACAGCAGUGCAAGCCACUGAAAAUUGAAUUAAAAGAAACUUAUUUGUUAUGGUACAACUGGUGGUACUGGAGACCUGCAGUUCAAAGCUCAAUGGGAAACAACACAUUUAUUGCUCAUGUUGGCUCAUAUUGCUGA